CUGGGGUGCGGGCAGGCGGGCAGGGGGGCAGGCGGAGUGGCACGCUUCCUGAGAACGGCUGGGGAAACUGAGGCCCAAGCCCGGCCCCCCACCGCCGCGGAGGACGGGAAGGGGCGCGUCCUGCCCCUCGGGCCGCCUCCUCCCGCCCCCCACGCCGCUCCCCGCCGGGUCCUCGCCUCCCGGGGAGCGAGUCAUGGCGGCGGCCGCGGCGGCGGCGUGGCUGCUGCUGUGGGCCGCGGCGUGCGCGCAGCGGGAGCGCGACUUCUACGACUUCAAGGCGGUCAACAUCCGGGGCAAGCUGGUGUCGCUGGAGAAGUACCGCGGCUCGGUGUCCCUGGUAGUGAACGUGGCUAGCGAGUGCGGCUUCACAGACCAGAACUACCGAGCCCUGCAGCAGCUACAGAAGGACUUGGGUCCCCACCAUUUCAAUGUGCUUGCCUUCCCCUGCAACCAGUUUGGCCACCAGGAGCCAGACAGCAACAGGGAGAUUGAGAGCUUUGCCCGCCGCACCUACAGUGUUUCUUUCCCCAUGUUCAGCAAGGUUGCGGUCACCGGCACUGGUGCCCACCCUGCCUUCAAGUACCUGACUGAGACUUCUGGGAAGGAGCCCACCUGGAACUUCUGGAAGUACCUAGUGGCCCCAGAUGGAAAGGUGGUAGGGGCUUGGGACCCAACUGUGGCACUGGAGGAAAUCAGGCCUCAUAUCGUAGAACUUGUGAGGAAGCUUAUCCUGCGGAAGCGAGAAGAUUUAUAACCACAUUCCCUCUUCUCCCACCCUGCCCAUCCCAUCUAUCUGGGUUCAGCUGACUAAGCAAACUCAAAUGGUGCUUCAGAGGGAAAAACCCACUAAGUCUCUUCCCUUUGCUCUUACCCCACCUAUCCUGUCACUCUUACAGGGGGAAAAAUAAAUCUAAAAUUCUGGCUAUUUGAAUCAAAGAGAAACUAAUAGGCACUCUGGCCAAUGAGAGCCCUUAACAGUGAAUCACCAGCCAGUAAGAACCUCUAGCCAAAGAACCACGUUGCCAGUAAGAACCUUUAGCCAAUGAAAUAUGUGGCAAGUAGAAGUACAUCAAGCAACAAUCUCCUGCCCGCCAGGGCUCUGUCAAAUGGGGCCAAUUCCUGCCUCACAGGCUGUUGUGAGGAUUAAGAUGAAACGCCUAUGAAACUGUGUAGGCAGUGGUAGCUGAAUAAAGGUGUUCAAUAAAUAUUUUUUUGCAUAUAAACCAAAAGAUAACUUGUGAUCAAUAAAAACUUGCACCUAA